UGAGAAGCCUCAGUGUCAUGUGAUAGGCUGCUUGCCAGCAUCUUGAACGAUAAAGGAAGAUCCUCACCAGCAUUUCCACUUCAGAGAGAGCAAAACAUGGCCCGGUCUCACAGCAUGCAGUCUAUUUGGAUAGUCUUUUGGGUGGCUUUAUGGAACAUAGUGACUAGCUUUACUCAAACGUCAACAAUUCAAUAUGUCAAGCUAAAAAAUAAUAUCAACAUCAUGUGUCCAGUCAAAGAUGAAAAGGAAGCAGAAAAGGGUGCCUAUUGGUACAGACAGCGCAAUGGCACACAAGAAUUGGAAUUUGUAAUUCACAUCAGUGUGAUCUCUAGAGAAACCAGAGGACCUGGCAUUACGAAUCGUUUUAAAGGUUCCAAACGAGAUAGCAUGAAGCCCACCUUUACCCUGAAGAUCAGUGAUCUCCAUGAAGAGGAUAUUGCAACAUACUACUGUGCUCUGUUCACCCAGACAAACCUAACAAUGGAAAGCAUGACCAAGCUAAUACUUGGAGACCAGCCUACAACUCCGCCACCGAUUCGUUCUACUGUGCGAACAAAAAAAUAUUGUGACUGUAGAAACUUCAAUUCUAACAAUCUAAAGCCAAAAGGUGUUUUUUGUCUACCAAAGAUCUUAGGACCCCUGUUGGGAACAGCUGCUGUUUUGUGCAUUUUACUGGUCUGCACUUUAUAUUACUUCAGUAAACUCCCUAAGAAAUGCCGGCAUGGAAUGAUAAAAAAGAAGCAAAUAAGAUAGAGUUUAAUAUCAUAUGGUGUCCAUGGAAAAUUUAAAGCCUUUGCUGAAAAGCACUGAAGCGCUGGCACUGCGUGGGACUUGGCUUGAGGAGAUCUUCAAAAACGCUUACUAUAUGAAGACUGUAAAUACCUGCAUCCAUUUUAUGGAAAAUAUUAAUAGCUUUUUAUUUGCUAUAGAUUUAGUGCAAAGAAUAGUAUAAGCCUGCCUGCACUGAAAGAGAUUGUCACUUAAGUCUUUUGUCCAUUGCCAUAUCUCCCAAGAUGCCAAGAAGACCCCUGAAAAACAAUAAAUAGCUCCGAGUUGAAGAACUGUCCGAGUCUUAAGUCUUCACAAAACUGGACAAAUAUGAAAAAGGAAAAGGCAGAGAAGACUCAAUUUUUACAUAUUCUUGUAUUGUUAAAUAAGGGGGAUUCAUGGUAAUGAUUUUGUAUAAAUCAAUGUUUGCUGUUUUAAUUGUCAUGUACGUUCGACUAUAUAUGAGGUGUUGCGGUAACAAAACCUAACAUUUUCUGUGUUUGUUCUGGAGCUACAUUGUAGGCCUAAUCCCGAGGUCCUCAGAUUCAGUGCUUGUGGGCAGCAAUGGCUGCAGGGUUUUAUUUCAUCUCAAUUUUGAAAUUGUUUGCCUUUGCCGAUGACGUGGCUUGUUAUUUGAUUCAGUUUAGAAUUUCAUUCUAUCACGUCAGGUCGUUCUUGUAUCUAAUUUUAUCUAAAUAAUUUGUAGCGUGCAUCAAUUAAGUAAUGUUCUGCCUUUCACCUUUUUUCUUCCGUUUCUUUCCAAGUAGUUAUUAAAUAGAUACAUCAUGAUACAUUGACAGAGGUGUAAACAGGCCCUUAGGUAAAACAGGAUUUAAGAUUAAAAGAAGUGAUUAAGGGCUGUGAGGCUCAACGAGUAAAUUAAAUAAAAUUAUAUACAAACAUGUUCUUUUAGUAGCAGUAAUUAGCUCCUUAAUUAAGAAUCUGUGUUGGGGGGAAAAACGGCCAUGGAAUGUCUUGAAAGUUCGUAUUUCUAACAUACUAAAACGAAACAUUUAAUUAAAAACAUUCUUUUUAAAGGGAAAGAAAAGGUUAAAAAGAAGUUUCGAUUUUUCAAAGUACUUACAGAAAAGACGCUACUGCUGCGAAAUUGACCAACAUUUUUUAAGGGUGAAUCGAUGAACAUACGUACCUUUCAUUGUUAUAUAUCGUUUCGGGCUGAUCUGUUCAUCCACUCAUUUAUUGUCAUUUUAAACGAAAUAUAUCAUUUCAGUAUUAAAUGAUAUUAUUAUUAUUAUUAUUUUACUAGUAGUAUUGUUGCUGCCUUCAAUUUUUUUAGGCUGCUAAUUUCAAUUCAAGGUGGCAGGACGCCGGAGCCAAUACAGGCAGCUCAGUGCUUGAGAAAGCGUUCAACUCUAAAACGGAGAAUCAGGAUAUUAUCAUUAUCAUUAUUGUUGUUGUGGAAAAUAGGAGACAUUUAUCAGCAAAACGUGGUAUAAGAGAGAUACAGGGUAGGAUAUACAGAAAAAUAAGCACAGACCACCAGUGAAACUCUAGCAAAGUAAUUAAAACUCAGCAAAUAAAUACAGAGAAAAACUUGUAAUGAAUGACAUUUUUUUAAAAGAAGUAGUGAACAGCUGUAAAAGUUACCUUCUAUUUUCAUCAUUAAAAUGUUUCUGAAGCCACCAUAACAGUUAAGAAAUACCAAUCGCAAAUGUUUUAUGUAAUUUAUAGGAAUAAAGUAUCUAUAUGUUAUUCCUUUUAGCAUUUAAUGCUUCAGCAAAAACAGAAUCAAACUUGAAUUACAUUAAAUUGGUUCUGCCAAACUAACCCAAAAGAUGUGGUCAUUCAGUUUGUGGUUGCUUAUAGUUCCAGUUUUUUUUUAUUUUUUAUUUUUUUUAGGCAUACAGAGAUUGUUACCCAAAGAAGCAUGUUAUUCUAUAAUAAAUGUGUUUAAAAUGUUGUAUUUACAUCUUAGAGAUAUGAGUACUACUUUAUUUUUUAUUUUGUCCUAUGAUAAAACCAAAUAUGCAGAAUGCUCAAAUAAUCUAUUAUUGUUCUGGAUGUAUUGUUUCUCCAUUAAUGAGGUCACCAAGGGUGCAUACAUUGUGAAUAUAAUGUCAUUUUAAUGGAAGGAAUGAAGGACUUGAAUCAUAAGAUUUCAAGAUUAAAAAGUAAUUCUUUAUAAGGAAACAUUUAAAAAUAUUCUUUAGUAUUUCCUUUUGUCAGUCACAAGCAUCCUGAUCUUGAACAUGUCUAGAUUGGUCAGUUCAUUUAUGAAGAUUAUUUUGGCCAAUUACUCAUUUUCAAGUUGUGCUGUGGAGAAUGCCAUUGAUUAAAUCAUUUCAAAGUGUUUUGAUAGCUUCUCUACUUUUUGGCAUAUAAUGGGUUUUACUGAAAUCUCAACAUUAUAUAUUUAUUUAAUUUAAUUGGAAUGAGGUAGACUGACAAGGUAAUAAUUAAAGCAAAUAGCAAACCACAUAUUUGUUAUUAAUUUCAGUUUAUCUUAUAGUUGUAAUUUGUUACAAAUAAAGUAUGCUUUCUCAA